AUGGCUGGCUACAAGCUUUACUACUUUGAUGCACGUGCCAAAGGAGAAAAAUGCCGACUGGCUCUUGCGGCUGCUAAAAUUGAUUUCGAAGAUGUUCGAUUUAAGGUGUCGCUGACCGGUGAAGAAAGUGAAGAAUGGGCUAAAGAGAAAGCUUGUAAGUAGAAGAUAGUGCCGCAGUAAAUAUGAUAAGUAAGACUCGAUUUCAUUUAUCUUAUCUCGUGUUGUCUGAUCUGGUCUUAUUAUCAUUAAUCCUGGAGUAUAAGUUUGAGGGAUAUGUUAUUCCCCAAUACCUCCAAGACAAACUCGCGUGUUUACUCGUUCAAAAUUUUCCUUCAUCGAUGGCAGCAGUUUUCAGUUUCUCAUAUUAGAUAUCCUUGUUUAAUACACAUUUUUUUCGUUCGAUUGCAUGAUACUGUUUUUGGCUUUUUUAGUUUGAUGAACGUUUAUUUCACGGUCUUGGCGAAUGCAAAAUUUAAUUUUAUACUUCUAUAUUUUUUGUCUUAAUUUUAUUUACAUAAGCCUGGACCUUUAUGUCAGGCUCUUGUCUGUUUUUUGACGUCGAUUAACAUAAACCUUUGUGUAUGUUUAACUAAAGUUUGAUUGCAAAAUAGGCUGACGUCAUUAGCCGCCACUCUGCGCCAAAACUAGCCUGGGACCAGGCUCAGCAUUGAGGGAAAAAAGAAAAACAAAUCGGUGAGCGAAGUGAGCCGAGAGGUAGUUUGGGGAGGGGAAAGGGUGGCCGCCCCUUCCCCCCUCCUUUCACGCUGUGGAUUCCGAGUUCUGGAUUCUCGAUUCUUUGUCAGUGAAACUUUGAUUCUUGAUUCUAGUCAUUAGCAUUAUUCCGGAUUCCAAGGCCCAGGAUUUCCGAUUCCACAAGCAAAAAAUUUCCCGGAUUCGGGAACCCGGGUUAACGUACAAGGGACGAAAAGCUAUGACACGACUUUUUGCAUGUUAUUGCUUUCAAACCCGGAAAACACUUUGGAAUCAAAGAAAACCCCGAGAUGACGGCUCAGUUUUAUUGAAAAUUAUUCUGUACUAUACCUCAACUUUAAGUGUGACUACGAGUAGUCCCUCAUUUUUCCUCAGGGAUAGUAGAGCGAGAGAAGCGCGAGCGCGCGUGUUCUCUCUCCACGCCGCGUGUCGCUUUUUCUCGCGUGGGGUUAUUUUUACGCGCGUUCGCGUUUCGCUCGCUCUACUAUCCCUGAGGAAAAAUGGGGGACUACUCGUAGUCUAGUCUUCCAAUGGCCUGAUGAUGACCUCAUGACGGAAAAGGACAGAAAGAAAUGGGCCAUCAUUUUCAAGUUAAAUUUCUGUGAUCGCAGACUAAGUUCUCCAAUACUUACUUCUUACUUACUUCCGGUCGACGUCUAAGAGACGACGGGAACAAAACUGACCCCAUAAGGCUCGACCUCUCAUACAACUUUCAAGGUCUUGAACAUUCUCCAGCCUAGUAUCACUCAGUAGUGUGUUAAUUGCUGGCGACAACAGGAGCCCGUAAUCCCAACCUCCAGGUUGUUAUUACGCAUGCGUCACCUGUAUGUAGCCAGCAUUCGUUUGGACUUCCACUAACAAUGAAUGGAAUGCACAAAACGCAAUUUGAUGACGCGCUUUUGGACCCUCUACCACUCGUAAUCUGAUCUCGCGUGUUUUCACCAUCUGUCACCUGAAACUUGCGCAAAGCACAGCCUUUGAGCAAAAGCGUUUUGACCAGUUCGAUCGUUGUCGCCCUCACUGCAUAACCUUUGGUUAUUACUAGUAUAUGUACCUUAGGGACAUCCUAUUUCUGCCAUCCCAUGUGCAGGUACCCAUGAUAUGAGCUGCUGCGCUCGAGAGAGCUCUCAUCUCGAAAAACAUGUCUAGAAAGAGCAAUUCUUUUAUUUUGAGUGGUAGAGGUCACCUUUUCUAGACUACCAUAAAGCUCGCUAUCUUUAACCUUGUCCUUCCAAGAUAUGUUUUCACCAAUCGCAGCAGUUCUCCAAUAUACAACAUAAAAUGUUCAAAAAGUUUGAAACCCUUUUUUGUUUCAUUAUUUCAGCUGGCAGACCACCACUUGGUCAGAUGCCAUUUCUCGUGACUCCUGAAGGAAAAAUCCUGGGACAAUCUGGUGCCAUUAUGAAAUACAUCUGCAGGAAAGCAGGUAAACCCCCCCGGGGGGGGGGGGGGUACUCAACAGAUAAUAAUGCAUUAUGGUACCCACUACAAAAACUUAAUUUAUAACUUUGCACCCCUCUUAACUGUUUUGAAUGCACUGUCUUAAAAAUAUGAAUAAAUCACAAAACCAGAGUGUUCUCUCGACUUUCUCGUAGUCAUAAAAUGCAUCCAUUAUCCCUUUUGGGCCUUAGUACAAACCGAAAUGACAGAUUUCCCUACCCUUUCAGAUACUUCAAAUCCCUACCUUGUCAUAUACCUGAAGCCUCAAAAAGGUAUCCCUUUCAGGCGAAGCCUCCCCGUAAAGGCCAUUAUAGGGAUUACCCCCCACCCCGGGGUAAAAACAUGUUUCUCACAGUAGUUUUAAGCUGGUGUGGGAGUCAUCUUAAACUUCCGCCAGUUUUGUACUAGAGCCAAUAGCAGGUGAAAAAAAGCUCGCUCCACACACCCACUUGAUGUUGCACCACGAAGCUACGAGCUUAUGGACAACACUUAUCCUGCGAAAUCUACAGCCACUUUUCAUGGCUUCCGGAUGCUGGCACGUUGAGAGGCGGCCGUAUUUGAAGGCUAGGAUCAAACUGCGCAUGUCUGCAGUAAUACAGACUUUUUUCUCAACUACGCAUGAACAGGCCGUUGACCGUAGGCAGUGUCUCUAGGUCAAUCAAAACUUCGGGAACUUAAUUUUGACAAUGUAUACUCGUCAGGUUUGUGUCCAGAGGACAGCUUUGACGAAACACUGGCAGAUAUGAUCCAUGAUGCUACUGAUGAUUUGCGUAACGCCGUGAUCAAAUUCUUUUUUGAGAAAGACGAGGCUAAAAAGGUAACAUAUCGUAACGGAUUCCGCGCCCCAGAAAACGGCGAAACAUUUGUCAACAGAGAAAUUUAGAGUGGCGAUUACGGCAAACGUCAGAUUCAAGUUGAGAAUUUCUUAAAAAAGAAAACGUGUAGCUAAACAGGCCAAAUUGUUAUACACAACACUAACGUGAAGCUACUAAUUUUUUAAUUUUUUCUAAUUUUUUAAUGAACAGUAAAAGUAAAGCACAUGUUAAGCAAAAACCUGGCCACGUGGUGCAAAAUUUACGUUUGCCGUUUGCCGUAAAGGUGACUCUCUCCAAUGGCUGUCACUGCCUGGGUGAUAUGGCUAUGCUCAUGGGUAACGUUCUGACCAGGUGGUGAGUUGUUGUCUGAAGGCUGGCUUUCACUAGCAACCGAGUCGGAGUCGUAUUAAGAAGCGUAGAACCUUUACGAUCUAGUGAAAACAGCGUUCGGAUUCCGCUUACGAUUCCGUCUUUACGAUCAAGUGAAAACUGGGUCGUCGGAGUCACCAGCAGAAGCGGAAGAACAAAACCAAUCACAAAGCGUGGGAACGUGCACUGCAUGAUUGGUCUGGUUUUCACUAGAUCAUAAACGACGUAGUCAUAAGCGGAGUCGGAAGAAAAUGGAAACGUUCUGAUUCUUCUGACUCGCGUAUGACUCUGAGUUUUGCGGCGGAUUUUCACUAAGUCAUAAACUCUGUUACGACUCCGACUCCGUCAUUAGUGAAAACCAGCCUUAUGUGUGUCAGCAUCGUGUCUCUUUCCCGAGUGUGUCCACUUUUGAGUAGUUUUCAAACAUAUUAUUUAUCUUGUUUCAAGGCUGGGUUAGAGAAGGAGUAUAACGAAACUACUCUUCCUGCAAGACUUGAGAAAUUUGAAGCCCUGCUAAAAAGCCGUGACGAAGGCAAGGGAUUCUUUCUUGGCGACAAGGUACGAGCGCGAUGCACUAGGUGAAUAAAUCAUACAUAGACUAUAUAUUUCGAGUAACAACAAUUUGCAGUCUGUCUUCUUUGAAUCAUUAAAGAAAGCGAGUUAAGCACUAGGAGAGUAUAAGCAACACCACGGGGACAGCAGCGAAGAAGUCAUUUUUACGCGAAUUAAGUUCUUUCAUACUUCGUCGCGAUGAGUCCCACUCGCUGAAUUUGCCAAAUGCUAUAGAUUUUAUGUAUCUCAACAAGUCUCGUCCAAGGUUAUAGCUUAACGCUUUCUUUGUCUAGCCUAACGUGAAACCCGGCUGAGAAAAAAAAUCGUGCAAAUUAAAGAAGGUCUUUAUACUAAGCGAAUGUUUAUUUAUUUAUUUUUAUUUUGCCUACGGCUGACCUAUGCUGACAUUUCGUUCUUUGACUUCUUUAAUGGUUACAUUGCUGGUGGCCAACCAACAAUUCCCAAGGAACUCCAGAAGUUUCCGCUGUUGGCGGAGCAUUACAACCGUGUGCUCAAUGUGCCUGAAAUAAAGACCUGGAUAGCAAAACGCCCUGCAAGCUUUUUCUGA